AUGAGAUUCACCUUCAUCGCUGCUCUCGCCCUCAUCGGCACCGCUCUGGCCAACCCGGUGGCCCAGGACAGCGGCAAGAAGAUCCCCAUCGGCCAGCCUUGCAAGAAAGACGGCAGCAUGGGCAUCUGUGAAGGAGGCUUCUGCUUGCAAGCAGAGAACCAGCCCCAGGGCACCUGCCAGCAGCAGUAG